AUGGCAUACGCAGUCUACCAUGUUGCUUACAGCGGCCUCCCACGAGACCACCACACAAUAUUCGUCGAAACUGGUGGGGACGGUCCGGAAACUGGUCAUAUAUUCCAUGUGAUGGGCGACAUCCAAACCGGAAUGACUUUCGAGAACAAACCAGCCAAGAAACCCGAUGAAUCAGCGACAUUCGUGAGCAAAGAACGGAUUGGGAGCGUGACACAUAGCAACUAUCCUCAGAUCCUGAUUAUCUGUCAAACUAUACCUCCGCCAAAGAAGCAGUUCCAGGGACCGAAAAGGCUUUACCCUGAUGAGCCCCUCCGCCGGUGCCAAGAGUGGACCGCUGACGUUAUAAAAGCGUUGACUGAUGCUGAAAUUUUGCAGCGGUCCUGA